AUGUCCCCGUGCAAUGUCCCCAUCUCCCCAGCCCGUUACUCGCCCUGUUACCCCCCCGUCCCCCCCCCUCCAACUUUUUAUUUUUUAAUUUUCCAGACUUUUCCUCUACCUCUCCUGUACUUCGGGAACCAGAUCACGGGACUGUUCAGCACCAAGAAGCUGAACCUGCCGAUGUUCACCGUCCUGCGGCGGUUCUCCAUCCUGUUCACCAUGUUCGCCGAGGGCGUCCUGCUCAAGAAGAAGUUCUCCUGGGGCGUCCAGAUGACGGUGUUGGCCAUGAUCAUGGGCGCGUUUGUGGCUGCGAGUGCUGACCUGGCGUUUGAUCUGGAGGGGUAUAUUUUUAUCCUCGUUAACGAUGCCUUAACAGCUGCGAACGGUGCCUACGUCAAACAGAAGCUGGAUUCCAAGGAGCUGGGGAAAUACGGUCUGCUCUACUACAACGCGCUGUUCAUGAUCCUUCCCACCCUGACCAUUGCCUACCUCACCGGAGAUGCGCAGAAGGCAAUGGAGUACAAGGGCUGGGCAGACGUGUUCUUCGUCGUGCAGUUCACGCUGUCGUGUGUGAUGGGGUUUAUUCUGAUGUACUCCACGGUUCUUUGCACUCAGUAUAAUUCUGCUCUUACAACUACAAUAGUUGGCUGCAUUAAGAAUAUUUUAAUAACCUAUAUUGGGAUGUUUUUUGGAGGAGACUAUAUUUUUACAUGGACAAACUUCAUUGGUCUAAAUAUCAGUAUUGCUGGAAGCCUGGUGUAUUCCUACAUCACCUUCACAGAGGAGCAACUGAGCAAGCAGUCCGAAGCUGGCCUCAAGAUGGAUAUUAAAGGAAAAAGCUCCGUGUGACCAGGGGAAUGCUUUUUCGGAAAGCAAAACGUUUCUGUUGAGCUGAUGGCUGGCAGAGUUCAGCGAGGAGUUGGUGUCUGCCGCAGAGGAAUGCUGAUGCUCUUUAAUUUGCACAAUCCAGAUUGCUGCCUUCAAAAAUCACGGGGAAGAUAAAUGACUGCACGUGUAAGGAAUUCAUCUGAUUAAGGCUGAUUGAUUGUGAGGAAAUCCUGGGGUUUUAAUCAUGCUGAGACUUGGCAGGAGAGGCUUGCACAGGCCCUGCAAGGUUUGGACUGCAGAGGACUCACCAGCACCUGGGGAAUGCACAGGAGCUGGAAACGUGGUGUCGUCCGGGCUUAGCAACUCAGUGCCAACCUCGCCACUUGGCCUCAAAGGCUGGUGGCCCUUGGCUCCGUGCCGAGCUGUGCCGGGCCGUGCCGUCACCUGCAGUGCCUGGGCCGUGGCGUGGUGACAGGACGGGGUUUUUAAUACGUCCAGCAGCAUUGACGGGUUUUUAAAGGUUGUCUUAUACAGCACUUCUUACCAGGUCUGUCCUCAGAUCGCCUUUUGGUUUUAAAAAACAAUUCUUUAUAGUUUUGAAAAAAAAAAAAAAAAUAGUAAAACUGUGUUAGUGAGUUUUUGUACGCUUUCCUUUGGUAACUAGGAGACCAAGCUCCGUAGGCAAGACGUCUUGGUUUUGGAAGGUAAUGGCUAAAAA